AUGCAUGGGUUGAUGCGGUCAUCGCCGGGCACUCAGUUGGCAAACGUGUUCACGAAUGAAGCGAACGAUUGUUAUAUCAUUGAAAGCUUUGGCGCUCCCAAUACGGGUCCUGCGCUCCGACAACAGCGAGAUCUUUGUCUGGUUUGUGGCGACAGAGCCCAUGGCGUUCACUACUACGCCCUUACAUGUCAGGGCUGUAGCGGUUUUUUCCGGCAAACGAUACGUAAAAAGCUGGUCUAUGAAUGCAUAUAUGGGAACAAUUGUGAAAUUGAUAUGUAUAUGAGAACGAAAUGUCGGUUUUGCAGAUUCAAAAAGUGCCUGGAUGUCGGUAUGUGCUGGGAAUGUGUCGGCAAUAAGCGUAAGGGCGCCGUUAAACGCAUUGACCCCAAUGUUAAACAGCCGUCGACUGACCCGCAGAAAGCGGCGAUCGAUCUAUUGGUCUACAUUCAGGACGAGUUUGAUUCUCCCUCUGAAACCGACAUCAAUAAAGUUACUGUUUUUGCGAUGAAAGACAGCCAAUCAAAUGGUAUGACUCAAUACAAAUACGUGAUCGGAAUGACUGUAUUGACCGUCAAAUUAACCGUCGAGUUCUCUAAACAAGUGCCCGGUUUUGGCCGACUCUUGAAGGAGGAUAAGAUCACUCUCUUGAAGGCGUGUUCGAGUGAAGUCAUGUUCUUAAGGGCUUCGGGUAAAUACGAUACUAAAACCCGUGCAAUAAUUUACGCCUCGAGUCAGCCCUACACCCGAGAGGAUCACCACAGGGCUAGUGUUGGCCACACCGCCGACGCGUUGUUUGGAUUUUGUCGGUUAAUGUCUAAACUGAAUGCAGACACUAUAGUAUACGCACUCAUCACUGCUAUUGUGCUCUUCAGUGAGAGACCAAAUCUAUUAGAGCCAAAGAAAGUGGAGUUUAUUCAGCAGUUUUACAUCAAAACAUUGGAGGCAUUUGUCUAUAGUUACAGAUCUGACCGCAAAUGCUAUUUCGCAAAACUUUUAGGCAUUUUGACAAAACUGCGAACUCUUGCGAACAUCAACUCCGAGUCGUGUCUCAAAUUAAAAGAUGCAAAUAUAAAAUUGCCCCCAUUUUUGGCAGAAGUUUGGGACAUUGAAUACACACCGGAAUCGCAAUCGAUUGCUACCAACUCUCCAACCGAUUUGAUUGAAUUUGAUUUAUCGGAUUUGGAGAGAAUUUUAAAUAUGUAA